AGUCGUUGUCCACACGUGUCACAAAGCAGAGUGUAUAUAGUGCCAUUUCUAACUCCGGUGAAGUUCCAACAAACAGGCUGUUCACAGAAAUACUGGAGACUAGCCCUGGUCUGCGUUAUGAAUUGGGAGACUUUAUAAUACCUGGGUGGCGAUUCUUGUCCAGGCCGAAAGAUGAUGCUGAUGUUGAAUGGAGCACGUGGAAGUUCCAUAUACAGACCCUUUGGCUUUAUAUGCUAUUUCAAUUUUUCAUAUCUGAGACCAUACGAAAAUUUAAUAUCUAUUUAUUGAAAUAUUGGUACAUUCUGUCUAGUAUAAUUUUUAUAGCAAGUUAUAUGGGUGUCAGACAGUUCAUAGUAAUUUUUAUUCAACCUGUGAUAUUCUCAGCGAUUGUGUUUUCUGGAGGUGGAAAAACUAGUAUAUGGUUGAUAAGUAUUUUUCUGUUGGCCUUGUACAAUUCUUUGAAAUAUAAAUAUUACUUUUGGCAUUUCUUGGAUACUGAACAUUUAAAAGAUGAAGAAGUAUUUUUAAUUUUAUAUGGUAUAGCCUGGGUUGAAUUGAGAUGUAUUAGUUAUUGCCUUGAUUAUUUAGACAGAAAAGAGAAACCUUCACAAGCCCAAGCCCAAGAAAAAGAAAAAUUUAAAGAAGCAUCAGUAUUUGAAGAAUUAAUAAACAUGUUUAGUUAUACCUUGUACCUGCCAUUGUUAUUUGUUGGACCAUUAAUACUGUAUGAAGAAUUUGAAAAAAGUUUCCUUGCUAAAAGUGAAAAGCUGACAAUGAGGCUAAAAUGUUUUAUUCUGGAAAUGUUGCGAUUCCAAAUUUAUACUAUUCUAUUGGAGCUAGCAUUUCAUUUUAUAUAUUUUUUUGCAAUGCAAAGUCAAAUUGAGGCUAUACGUAACAUGCCAUCAUUAGCACUCUGUGGUGGAGGACUAUGGAUGGGUCUGGAGUUUCACAUGAAAUAUGUUAUAUCUUAUGGAACUACAGCUGCAUAUUCCAGGCUGGACCAUAUUGACCCUCCACCUACUCCAAGAUGUAUUGUCAGAAUACAUGUUUACUCUCAAAUGUGGAGAUACUUUGAUGUGGGUCUAUACAGGUUUUUAUUAAAGUACAUUUACAAACCGGUUUUUACCACAAUGUCAAAUAAUUUCACAAGGCUCAAAAUCACAAACAAAUUAUUUUCUUCUCUAAUUACAUUUAUGUUUAUUUUUAUGUGGCAUGGCACUAUGUGGAAUAUACUUGUAUGGUCAGUUUUAAAUUAUGUAGGGAUUGUUAUAGAGUAUGCUGCUAAAGCAGCUUCAAAAACGGCAAGAUAUAAAAUAUUUAAAGAAAAAUAUCUUAGAACAGAUGCAAUGGAAGUGCGAUUUACUGCAUUUUUGUGUGCGCCUCUGUUAGGUAUGUCUGCUAUAUCAAACUUCUAUUUGUUUGCUGGUAGUGAAGUUGGUAACCUGUACUUUGAACUUCUUAAAUGGCCUUCACUGUGUAAUGCUGUGUUAGUGUAUACAUCUUUAUAUUGCUGUUGUCAUGUUGCUAUUGCAUUGAGUGAUGUUCCUUCUAGAACUGAUGUAAAAAAAAAAUAGAAAAGAAGACUGCAUUUUAAUAUUUGUUUGUAACUUAUUUUUUAUUAGAAUAUUGACUGAAUCCAGUGUUAUUGAUUAGUUAGACUCUGUAAGACCAAUGAAAUAUAAAUCGCAAUUAUGUAUUUCUUUAAACAAAAAUACGUACAUAAAUCUAAAAGUACAGAGUAGGUAAGAUUCAUUUUGGGAAACUUUAAAAUAUUUUCAAUGUAUUUUUCUUCAUAGAACUCUUAAUGCAUAGGUACAUAUUUUGUGGCCUCUUUUUUCACAAUUGAUUACCUAGUUACCUAAUUCUUUAUACUUAUUUAUUAUUAAAUUUAUUUUCCAUAUUUUGUUUAAUAUGAAAUCUGGUCAUAUUAUAAUAGUUAGGUACGCAAUUUAAAAUAAGAUGUAUCAUGAAUCUCAAGUCUCAUGAAAUAAAACUUGGACGAGUAUGUUUAAAUGAUAUAAAAAUUAUAUUUAAUAUAAGUCGGUAAUCAGUUGCUUAGACUUGUUUAAAUAUAAAUAGAACUAUGAUGUUGCGUGCUUUGUGAAGAAAAAACUACUAUAGUACAAAC